GGGAAUGUUUGUACCAACUAUCAAAUAUAAAAAGGUGAAUGAAACCGUUAAAAAUACAACUUCAGAAUGCAACAUAAAGGCCGUCAAUAGCAACAAUGGUAAUUCAUUGACGACCCAGUGUGAACCUAUCAAACCAGUGGAUAAGACGAUGGAAAAAGAAAUAUCAUUGACUACUCAAUUACGGACGGCUCAACAAGACAUUGUAUUAGAAGAAAAGGAUGAAGCUAAGAUUAUUGUGGAUCCUAGUGAUGAAGAACGGAUUCUGAUAACACUCUCGGAUGGCAAGACUCAAUAUACCGCGGAUCGAUACUGUCCACAUGCAGGUGCCGAUCUAUCCUAUCUAGGUCAAGUGGAAGAAGAUGAAUACCCUGUUGAAAUAGGUCCUGUUUUAAUUUGCACGUUACACUAUUGGGAAUACGCUUUGAACCGAAAGGGACGCGGAGCCAACGGAGUAGCUACAAUCAAUGCAUGUCCUGUAGGGGAUGGUCUUACCUGUCAAGGUAAAAAGGAACUAGAAUGGUAAUCUUUUUGUAUUAGAUGUUGUAUUUUUUUUUAUUAUUUUUAUCAUUAUUAUUUAGUUUAGCUCUGCUUUUUAUAUAUAUAUAUGUAUUAUGUUAUUAUAGAAUAAAAAUCAUAUACUUUCUUAUCGGAA